AUGAAAAUUAAAAUACAAGCUUAUCCAGCUGGCUUGAGUUCUGACUCAAAAAUAUUCACCAAAACUGAGUUCAAGCCAGACCAAAUCAGUGAAAUGCGCUGGAUCUCUUGCCUCAAGGCAAGCUACUUUUUGAGCUCCUUGCACAAAAAUAGUCCAGAAAUGCUAACGUUCGCUCACCACAGGGAGAACAGGCUGUUCAUACAACCAUUUAAUAUAUUAAAAUUCAAGUUUAAUCUGUGUCAAAAUGCAUUAGAAUUUUUUGUAACGAUAGAUGAUAAAAACACAAUUAAAACGUUGGUGAAAAUAUUCAAAAACUUAUUUUUUUGCUCAAUGAUAUCAAUAGAAAUCCAAGAAAAAUAA